AAAAUAUAAAUACAUACAUCGAUAACUAAUUUCUUCUUUUAUUAUCUCAACUCUUAAUAUACAAGAAAGUAAUUUCUCUUUCUUUUCAUUAUUAUCCAUAUACAAUUUUUGUUUGUGAUUGUUGAUCGCCAUGGCCAAAAGCUCUUUCAAACUCGAACAUCCUCUCGAGAGGCGCCAAGCUGAAGCUGCCCGGAUAAGGGAGAAGUAUCCAGACAGAAUUCCGGUUAUUGUGGAGAAGGCUGAAAGAAGUGAUAUUCCUGAUAUUGACAAGAAAAAAUACCUCGUUCCUGCUGAUCUCACAGUUGGACAGUUCGUUUAUGUUGUCAGAAAGAGGAUCAAGCUCAGUGCCGAGAAGGCUAUCUUUAUCUUUGUAAAGAACAUCCUGCCACCUACUGCUGCAAUGAUGUCAGCAAUCUAUGAGGAAAACAAGGAUGAGGAUGGUUUUCUUUACAUGACCUACAGUGGUGAGAACACAUUUGGAUUGCUCUGAAGCUGGUUUGUGGUUUGAAAGACGAUGUGAAUAUGGUUUUAGAUGACUAUGAAUGUGUACAUUCUUUUAUCUUAGUUUUUCGCAUCUCGAUGAUUACUGUUAACGCUCCAAUAGUAUAUAAAUGAAUGGAAUGUGUAUGGAACUGACUUGAGACGGUUAUAUGUGCUUUUGCUUUAGAAGCCAA